AUGAUUCCAUGUGCAAAACCAAGUGUCCAACUGUGUUUUCAAAUGGCUACAAUAGCAUCUUUUUUUGAGAACGUUACCCAUAACACAUCUGGAACCACACCGGGGCACGAGGUUCUGCUCGGUGCCCAGUUGUGUCGAGACAGAAACGGAUAUACCAGUUCAAGCUUCUACAAUGCUCUGACGUGUGCCUUUUGUUUUAUCUACGUCUUCGCAGACUACAAUGUUAGCUUUGAUUUCCGGACAAAUGGACUCGUGACCGGAAAGAACACAGUCUACCCAGAAGGCACUCGUCUGGAUACGGAUGUCAACAACUCGGUUUCAGUGUCGGCGGUAUGCGGACUGUUGCAGGACCCUUGGGAAUGCUGGAAGUGGCAGACCUGUUGCAGGCAAGCCCGUGACUGCUGUCAGCAACAGAUACAAGCUAAUUUACAGCCUUCAACGGGUGGUAAGUGUCCAGCCACAUGGGAUGGUUACGCUUGCUGGCCGGAAACUGCUGCUGGUCAAAGGCCAGCCAUUCAUUGCCCGUCCUACGUGCCACAUGCUAAUACUGCAC